AUGCACUAUAUCCAGUCUCCCACAGUACACACAACAUGGAAAUGCAAUUAUUUUAGUAAAUAUAAACUGCUAAAUACCUUUUCUCAUCAGCAGUUAGAGCAGUCUUGUGACUUCAGCAGAGCACUGGUAAAAGCUUGUAGGAGGCGUUUUCUUUCUGCUCUAGGAGGAUGUGAAACCUCUGACCCUCUGUCUGGACUGUGCUGAUCACAUUUUGUUUUGCCUUCCUCUGGAUCAACUCCAGACUAACUAUGUAACAUUCACCCUCCCAAGAAAAAAAAACUCACCGAACUGAGCAUGUGCAUGUGACCACGGGUCCAGUCUGUAUCAGGUGGACAUUUGAACAUGAGGAGGGGCAGAGAAGUCAGGAUUAAACAGCCUUGUUGCUCAAUGCAGAGGAUUAACCCCUUAGGUUCCACAGUGAGUAUAACAAGCAUGCUUUACUGCAUAUACAGACUGAUUUUACUGUUGUGGGAUUAG